GGGACGCACGACGGGAUAGGAAAAACCUUUCGCUGUCUUCCCUUUUACGUCAGCCGGCGAAGAACUACUUCCCCUCCCUCUCCCUUCCUCACUCCUCAGAUCUCUCCCCUUUCUCUCUCUAGAUCCCGCCUCCCCUCCUACCUCUCGCUCCUCGCAUUCCAUCUCCCACCUCGCGAACGUACGCCUCCACCGCAGGUUGAUCGCCCCUUCGAUUCUCUCGCUCCCGACCGUUUCUCCUCCCAUCACCCCGGAUUCCGCCCUUUAGCUCCCCGUUUCAUAAUCUUCCCCAAUUCGUAACUGAGGCAAAAAUCAAGGUAGGGCGGCCGCCCUACCUUGCCCUACUGGGUCCUCCUCCCGUGGGUGCGUGACGGCGAGAUGCGGGGCUCCGAGAUGCGGAGGCGGGCACCUGAGUUCCGACGCCAGUCACGACGGCGGCUGCCGGGAUGGAUCUGGUGGCUCGUCGGGAUCUUCCUUUUGGUUGGGCUCAUGCUAUUCGUCAUCCACCACAAUCAGAAGGAGCAGUUCCGGCCGCCCAUCGUAAAUAAAGGGUCAGAAACUGAGGAAGUCUUUCAUGAGAAAGUGAAUUUCACAGAAGAGCUUUUAAGCAGUACCUCUUUUGCACGUCAAUUAGCAGAUCAAAUGACCCUAGCAAAGGCAUAUGUGAUCCUUGCAAAAGAGCAUGGCAACCUUCAGCUUGCAUGGGAGCUCAGUUCCCAAAUAAGGAAUUGUCAAAGAUUGCUGUCCGAAGUGGCUGUUAGUGGGAGAUCUAUCACUCAGGAAGAAGCCCAUCCUAUAAUUACUCGCCUAGCACGGUUGAUAUACAAAGCACAGGACUCUCAUUAUGAUAUCAGCACAACAAUAGUGACACUGAAGAGCCAUGCCCUUGCAUUAGAGGAGCGUGCAAAGGCAGCAGUUGUUCAGACUGCCGAAUUUGGUCAGUUAGCUGCAGAAUCCCUUCCCAAGAAUCUGCACUGUUUAACAGUGAAGCUGACGGAACAGUGGCUUCAGAACACAAAACUUAGGAGUCUCUCAGAGGAGCACAGGAAUUCCACACGGUUGGUAGACAAUAAUCUGUAUCACUUCUGUAUAUUCUCGGAUAAUGUGCUGGCCACUUCAGUAGUUGUCAAUUCUACAGUUUCGAAUGCAAAUCACCCUCAGCAGCUUGUGUUUCAUGUGGUCACAGACAGGAUCCACUAUGGUGCUAUGUCAACUUGGUUCCUGAUGAAUGAUUUCAAAGGUUGUACUGUUGAAGUCCGCUGCAUAGAUGAGUUCCCAUGGUUGAAUGCUGCCUCUUCUCCAUUGGUCAGGCGACUGUCAGAGAUGGAAACGAAGGGUUACUACUAUGGUGGCUUGAAAACUCCAGAGCGGGAAAUAAAGUUCCACAAUCCAAAGUUUGUUUCUCUACUGAACCAUUUGCGGUUCUACAUUCCUCAAAUACUCCCCAACUUGGAGAAGGUUAUUUUUCUUGAUGAUGAUGUUGUGGUGCAAAAGGACUUGACCCAGCUUUUCUCCAUAGAAUUGCAUGGUAAUGUUAUCGGAGCAGUGGAGACUUGCUUAGAGUCAUUUCAUCGGUACCACAAGUAUCUUAAUUUCUCGCAGCCAAUCAUCAGCUCAAAAAUUGAUCCACAUACUUGUGGAUGGGCUUUUGGAAUGAACAUAUUUGACCUAAUUGCUUGGAGGAAGGCAAAUGCGACAGCGCUUUAUCAUUACUGGGAGGAGCAAAAUAUGGAUCAAUUGCUCUGGAGGACGGGGACGCUUCCUGCUGGCCUUUUGACAUUUUAUGGCCUGAUGGAACCCCUAGACCGGAGAUGGCACGUACUGGGGCUAGGGUAUGAUGUAGAUAUAGAUGAUCGGUUGAUCGAGAGUGCUGCUGUCGUGCACUAUAAUGGGAACAUGAAGCCCUGGCUGAAGUUGGCUAUUCGCCGGUACAAGUCUAUAUGGGAGCGGUACGUCAAUUUGUUGCACCCAUAUGUUAGAGACUGUAUGUUUCAUUAGGAAGUCUGCAAUCUCUGUUCACCAUCAAUGGUAUUGCACUGAAGCUAGAAGCUUCAGUUUGGGGUUGCUUUUCAGCACCCUAGUUAAGAAAUCUUCCAGAGAGGUAGAUUAUAUACUCAAGAGACAGCAUCAAAGAAGUCAACUGUCAAGUUUUCUUUUUGGGUUCGGGGGAGAUUCAUUUUGAGAUGAAAAUAAUUCAGUUGGAGAUUUUUACAUACAGUUCGGACUGGAAAUUUUAGCAGUCUAACCAGAUUAUCUGGAUAGAUAUUGUAAAAGAGAUACAGUUGUUGGGUCAAUGGGUCAUUUUUUGAGAUGUUAGGAAAUGCCAAUUGCCAACUCAGCUGUGCAGAGUUUACUGGUGUUACAUUCUUUUACGAAUAUUGUAUUUUAUACUUGUGAAGAAUGUCCUUUUCUCUUUGUAUAAACACUUGUGUAUUCUUCACAGCAUGAACACAGGUCAAUUGGAGAUAGGAAAUUAAAUCAUUUUGAUGUUCAUCCA